GGGCAAGAUGGCAGCUGCCAGCUGGGACGGUUCUGUGUGGUGACGGGCGUGCUUGGCUUCAUGUGGGAGAGAUAUGGAGGAGUCUUCGGUGUUCCUGCUGUGCUUGGCAGCCAGUAGCGGGGUGCCCCUGUACUGCCGGAGCAAGGGCAGCAGCAGGCAGCUAACGUUUUCCGUUAUUGGUUCAUUGAACGGCGUUCACAUGUUUGCCAAUAACCAGGAUGUUCUCCUGACCUCUACUUCUACGGAAAACACCAAGGUGGUUUGGAGAUCUUUUCAUGACAGCAUUAAUUUAAUUGUGAUGUCAUCUGAAAGCAGUGCCAGCGACCACGCUUUGAACAAACUGCUUGAAAACGUGUUCAGCGCCAUGGUUCUAGUGAUUGGUUUGGAGGACCUAACUAACAUCAAAAACGUAGAGCGUCUGAAGAAGGAUCUGAGGGCAUGCUACAAACUCAUUGACAGUUUCUUAACGGAGACUGGGAAGAUGGGAGAUUUAACACAAUGCGUCGACUGCGUCGUUGCUAAUGAUGCAGCCAUUCUGCAGGAAUGUAUGGAUAGCUUCACUCAGGCGGCAGAAAGUAAUUUUGGAUGUCUCAUGGCCGGAGGAAAAGUGGUGGUGGCCACCGAAAAGUGGUGGAGAUUGUCUUCUCAGGAGUCGAUGCUUCUGUGCUGGCUGGUGGCUUCACUGGCUCCCCAUUCAUCGAGAGACUACCCGGUGUACCUUCCUCAAGGUAGCCCAACGGUUCCUCACAGACUUCUCAGCUUCCAGUUGGUGCCUGGAGUGGAUGUGUGCAUUCUCUGCGGCCCCAGCCCUUCUCUACAUAAGGUCGAGACCGAGCUGGUGGAAAGGUUCUGGAAACCAGUUGUCGAUCCCUUGAGAUCGUGUUUAAGAGUACAGUCGAGAUCUUUUCCAGCCUCGGUUCCCCUUCAUCAUGGCGUUCAAGGCUUAUUACUGGUUAACCGAGAACUCAAUAAAACCUUAUAUACGGUUCAAGCGCACCCAGCAGAGGACUUGCAAAAACCAGAGUCGAAGCCUACUUUGGAGCAGAGGCGAUCAGCCCUACGUGCGUUUUACACCCUCGCCGUUUCCCGUUAUUUCUCAUUGGACCACAAUGACGGAAGCGUUCUUCACUACGAGGAGACGUUUCAGAAUGGUUUUACUCACAGCGCUCACCAGUGUUACUCGGUAUCCAGCUCCCACAAAUGCUACGGAAUGAAAACAGACGUCUACCUCCUCUUCCUGCUAUUCAAUCCGGACGUCCCUACGUUCAGCAUGCGGGCCAUUGCUAAUAAAACAAUUCAGUUGUUCACGAAGGACUUUCCUUUCUGAUCCCUGCUUACAAUCAGUGCAGGACUUCCCCCGCUCCAUUUUAUACAAGAUAAAAUUCA